AGUGGAGCAGGAGCAGGAGGAGCAGGAGGAGGAGGAGGAGGAGCAGGAGGAGGAGACCUCUGACUUCACCUCCUCUGCCUCUGACAGCUGUCUGCUCUCCUCAGUCCGUCGGUCAGCUCACCGGAGAGAAAAUCAAUGAUUUAGCAGAAGUUUGUCUUCAGCUGGAAGCAACACCAUCAGCCGACCGUCCCUCCAGGAUGAGCGCCGAGCCUCCGCCGUACCGUCCUCACUUCCCUGAGGGACCCUCGGCCCCCGCCUUCUCUCCAGCUCUCGCCUGUCAGCCUGGCGUCUUCCCCAGCUCUCCGUACCAGACCUUCCCUCAGUCCUAUUACCAUGAACAUCCAGGUUACAUGGCUCCGAUGACCCCACAGAGCACCUUUGGGGGCCAAUCAGGGGCCUCAUACCCACCGAAACACGCAGGCAGGUCAAAGGUCACGAUACAGAGAGCUCAGGCAGGUCAUGUGACUUCCUGUCCUUCCAGUUUACGUGGUGGAUCAGCAGCAGGAUCGGGGCGGCGGCAGGAAGUCAUGUCUGGCGGCGUGCUCGACUCUCCUGUGCUGCUGCUGCCUCUGGGACCUGCUGACUCAGCACCUCUGCUGACCUCUGACCUCCCGUCACACAGCAGGCUGUAGACCUGUACAGGUGUACAGCGCCUCUCCCCCGUGUAGCUGGGAUAGGCUCCACCCCCUGUGACCCUAAUAAAGAUGGAUGGAAGUUUGUUCAGCAUUUGAUGAUGAACUCGCCACCGUCACUCUUGGCUCUCUCUUGACUUCUGAAAUGAUUAAAAUACAAAUAUUCAUGUUUUUGUUGCCAGUUUUUAUUUUAAUUCUUCAGUAAUAAUCAAAAUAUUUGCUGUUUGUUUGUUUUAAGAUGUUAAUGUACAAAUUGACUGAACUCCAGAAACACAGUUUUAUGUAAAGUCAGUUUGGGUUUGAUGUUUAGGGUUAGGGUCCAGCUUUAUUACACACUCGUGUAUUUCAUCUGCACUCUGUUAAAUAAACUUUUAAUGCAUCUUUGUUCAUAUUAAAUGCUAAAUGGAGUUUCUUCAGGGUUUUUAUUUCAUGUGUUUGUGAUAACAGAAACUGUAUUUGAAAAGCUACUCAGCAUAAAUAACUGAUAAGGUUUGAACUUUUAUUCAAGGACUGCAAACAUGAGGUAAAAACUCUUUAUUUUAUAUAUGAAGUAUGUGAUGGUGUUUACAGGACUGCCCUCCUCUGAUUGGUUUAGCCUGCUGUCAAUCUUCUGCCUUCUGCAGACGGAUUCAGUCAAAUAAAGUUUUACUUUGUUUUCCAUC